AAAGAGAAGAGGAGAGAAAGAGGACUAAGAGGAGAGGAAUCUAGAAAAAGUAAAGUAGGGUAGAUUGAGGAGUGAGUGCGUGGAGCUUUUUGGCUCAAAUUUUUUAAAAUGAUUAUUCCAACAGAAUAUAUUUCAAUGGCAGAAGAUGUUGCUGAUGGGGUUAUCAGAAAAUUGAAACACAUUCUGCCAACGCUUGCUAGAGUAUGCCUCAUAUCCACCUUCUUGGAAGAUGGCCUUAGAAUGUGGUUCCAAUGGACAGAACAAAGAGAAUACAUGGACAUGUCAUGGGGUUGUGGCAAGUUUUUGGCUACUGUGUUUGUAUUGGUGAAUCUGUUUGGUCAGCUAGGGGGCUGUGUAAUGGUGAUAGUCAGGUACAGAGUGAACAUUGCUUGUGGAAUCUUGUUUUUCAUUGUAGCAUUACAAACACUAGCCUACAGUAUUUUAUGGGACCUUCAAUUCCUAUUCAGGAACUUGGCCCUUGUAGGGGCCCUAUUACUUGUACUGGCUGAAAGUAGAGGGGAAGCAAAGAGUCUGUUUGCUGGAGUCCCAUCUCUAGGAGACAAUAAACCUAAGAAUUAUCUACAGCUGACUGGUCGCAUCUUGCUUGCCUUUAUGUUCAUCACACUAAUUCGUUUUGAAUUAAGUUUUAUACAGAUUGUCCUGGAUCUUUUGGGAUCAUCCCUAAUGGUUUUGGUGACAAUAGGUUACAAAACCAAGCUAUCAGCUCUGAUUUUAGUCCUUUUAUUGACUACAUUGAACUUUUACCAUAACGCAUGGUGGAAUAUUCCUGACUAUAAACCAUUGAGAGACUUCCUCAAGUAUGAUUUCUUCCAGACUUUGUCAGUCAUUGGAGGCCUUCUGAUGAUAGUUUAUCUUGGACCAGGUGGUGUUUCAAUGGAUGAGCACAAAAAACGGUGGUAAAAUUUACAGUCAUUCCCAAUGGAUAUUUCGUGACCAAGUUGUGAAUGACACUUUCCAUUUUCUUGAUGGUCCAAAUCUGUGUUGAAAUUGACUUGUUCAUCAAUUUCACAUGCAGUUUUUGGUUCUGGUCUGUUUUCAAAUUUAAUUUAUGUUUUCCUAUUUAAAGUUGUGUAAAUAUUUUAUUAUGUGAAAGAUUUUUGACUUGAAACUGUUCAAAAGACAGACAUUUUUAUAAAAAUCACUACUAUUUUGACCUCAGAAGUAAGAGUAUACUUGAAGGUGACAAGGUGGAUCUUUAAUUUUUUUUGUAUAGAUUUAUGCUCAAACUUUCUUCCAUCAUAUUCUGAUUGUAUCCGAGAUUUUUUAUGUUUAAAAGAGUGGGUUGUUAUUAGGAUUUAUAAUAAAUUACAUAUUUUUACUAAGCAGGUUUAUUCUUCUCUAUAAAUUUCACAAUAUCACUAGCAAUAUUUCUGUAACAAACACUUAUAUCAUUCUGUCCAUCUUGAAUUACCAUGGGGGUUCCUUUGUCAGAACAUGAGGACAUUUCUGGGUCCAGUGGAAAGCUUCCCAGAAUGGCACAUUCCAAAUCUUCAGCCAGUUUUGCUGUCCCAGUACCAAAAACGUUGAUAUUUUGUGAACAUGAAGUACAUCUGACAUAGCUCAUAUUUUCCACCAAACCUAUAAUAGGAACUUUCAAUUUUUUAAACAUCAUGGCACCCCUUCUAGUCACUUCUAGUGCUGCCGUUUGCGGGGUUGUCACCAGCACCACCCCU